AUGCAUGUCCGUCAGUCCGAUGAUGUGGACACAAAGCCUCAAAAUGAGAGUGAAGUGCUAUAUGAUACUGCCGACUCCGUAAACGGAAGCACACGAGUAGCAUCACAGAAAGCCUUUGUUCCCAUUGGCCACAUCUCCUUGGAUUCAAAAAAUAAAGAUGCGGAUAGAAUUGGUCUUGACAUUCCAUCGGAGGGAGUCUUCUGGAUUAAGAGCUUCUUCAUCUUGCAGACCAUCCAAGGACAGGGCAUUGGGCGUGCAGCUAUGGAUGCAGUCGAGGACAUGGCGACUCGAGAGCCACUCCGAGCACAAACACUCAUGCUGGAUACAGUCACGAGUAAGCACCAGCGAAGAGAAGACUUUGCAGUGUCAACUUACGGUGCCGUUCCCAAGAUCACGAAUCAAGAGUGGUAUAGCCGACGGGGAUACAUGCCGAUCAAGAUUGUACCCAAUUAUUAUGACGUGUGGGAUGCGAAUGGAGAUCGGUGGGAUAUCGAGAUCGUUUUCAUGCGAAAGGAUAUUCAAUGA